AUGACGAAAAAAGCUGAAGCCGCACCUCUGUCGGAGGACGCCGGUUUUCCCAGUGCGGAAGCGAGCGGCCUCCGCAGACGUAUUGGAAAAUCCUCUUCUGUUGCAUGUACGGGCCACGUUCCAAAGGAGCAAACAGAGAGAAAGGAAGAGGGGAAAGACGCAGAAGCUGAACCAGUCGCCUGGUCGUCUUUCCAACCGGCCUCGCUCUCGCGUAAGAGCCAAGGCGCCGCCACCGCCUUCAUUUCUGAGGAACUGUCACUUGAUGCAGACGACGAAUCUGCGGAACAGCUUCUGUCGAAAGCCACAGACACUCGACUGCGGAGCAGCAAACCUACCGAGUCACGUGAAGUGGAACGCUCGGGAGAGAAAACAGACGCAUCCUCUCUCGAAUUCCCCCCCUCUUCUUCGUCUUCCGCCUCUUCAUCGUCUUCUUCCUCUUCGUCGUCUUCCUCCGCUGCUGACUCCCCUGCUUCUUGUGCGCAUCGACUGUUUAUCGAGAUUACACCGGAAAUUCGGGCAUUUUUGGAGAAAGCGGGAGCGGAAACGGCGAGACAGUUCAAGACGCGAACAGCUAUCGAUCUCGACCGCCUUAUGGAGCUGGUUGCAACGUACAACAAAACGCGCCCGAAAGAGGCGGCGCAAGUGCGCGUCGGCGCCUUAGUUGAGAAAUCCUACAUCGUCGGCAAGGUGUCGCCUACGUCUCCGGUCGACGUGGACGCGCUCCCGGCGAGCGAGAGAUUUCGCCUUCUCUCGGAAGAGAGGAAAUACCGGGCGACGGUCCGGAAGCUCUUUGGCUCGAAGGAGGAAGACGUCUUCGCCAACUACACACAGAGCAUGGCGCUUGGAAUCAACGCACUGAUUGGCAUCUUUCUCAUGUUCCUCGCUGGCUACUGGAUGGCGGAAUACUCGGGCGUCCGCGAUUUCACAACGAAAGUCAUCGUCGGAGUCAUUUGCUCCUUCGGCUGCCUCCUCGUUGAGGUCGGUCUACUUCUGGUCCACGACGAAGUUCUACAGCGAAAAGCUCGCCGACGGGCAAUGGCCGCGGGAAACCGCAAACCUGCGUGA